CGAAAAACGAAAACACGUGUAGGUUAUGUUUUACACAAAAACUAAGAGAUAAAUAUAAAUUAUCAUAAAAAAUAAACACAAAAUACCAAAAUGUCUGAAGAAAUGGACGUUGCCGAAGGCAACGAAAUUAACGACAGUGAAAUGGCAGAAAGUAGUGAAACCCACAACAAUUCCAAUUCUGAAGUAUAUUUACCUGGGAAACCUUUAGAAGAAGGAGAAGAACUAGUGAUGGAUCCAUCUGUAUAUAUAAUGUAUCAUCAAGCACAAACCAGUUCACCAUGUCUAAGUUUUGAUAUAAUUAAAGAUAAUUUAGGAAAUGAUAGAAACAACUUUCCCUUGACAGCUUAUUUAGUAGCCGGAACCCAGGCUCCUCAAUCUCAUGCCAAUCAUGUGAUUGUUAUGAAGCUUUCCAACAUGCAUCAAACUGGUAAGGAUGAAGAAGAUGAAUCGGAUGAAGAUGAUGAUGAUGAAGAAGACAACAACCAGAAUCCUAAAAUGGCUGGUGCAUUAAUUAAACAUCAAGGAACAGUUAAUAGGAUAAGGGCUACUUGUAUGGGUGAAGUUACCAUGGCUGCAUCAUGGAGUGAACUAGGCAGAGUUAAUAUAUGGAACCUUUCUGCUCAGUUACAAGCUGUAGACAAUAAGCUGUCUUAACAAAGUAUAAUAAAGAAAAUACUGCAAGUUCCGUUUCACCUGUUUUUACAUUUACAGGACACCAGAAAGAAGGAUUUGCGAUAGAUUGGUGUCCUGUUGAACAAGGAAUGUUAGCUACUGGUGACUGUAAAAGGGACAUACACAUUUGGAAACCAACUAGUGCAGGUUCCUGGUCUGUAGAUCAAAGCGCCAUAAUUGGUCACACAGAUUCAGUAGAAGACAUUCAAUGGUCUCCCAAUGAAAAAAAUGUUCUAGCUUCAUGUUCUGUUGAUAAAAGUAUAAGAAUAUGGGAUGUUCGAGCAGCACCUAGUAAAGCAUGUAUGUUAACUGCUGAAAAUGCUCAUGAAAGAGCUGUAAUGUUAAUAAAUUAGGGAAUAUAAAAUGAACCUUUUAUAGUUAGUGGUGGAGAUGAUGGAGUUAUACACAUAUGGGAUCUAAGAAAAUUUAAGAGCAAUACUCCUUUGGCCAUCUUUAAACAUCAUACAGAUCCUGUUGUUAGUGUAGAAUGGCACAAUACAGAUUCGGCCGUUUUUGCAUCAGCAGGCGCAGAUAACCAAAUUGCUUUAUGGGAUUUAUCAGUAGAAAAAGAUUCAGAGAGCAAUAAUGAAGAAGUUACGGGAGUACCACCACAAUUACUCUUUAUUCACCAAGGUCAAAACAAUAUUAAGGAAUUACAUUGGCAUCCCCAAAUACCUGGAGUUAUAAUUAGUACAGCAGAAAGUGGUUUUAAUAUAUUUAGAACAAUAAGUGUAUAAAAUUUAC